UCCUCUCGCCAAAAUUCUAUAUAUUUUUUCCGCUGCGAUCCUUGUUCUGAGAUUAAUCGCUCCAAGAACGGCAUUUUCUCGUUUUUCCUGCGAUAUUGGAUCGUCGGAGCCGAUAAAGUUGGAAUCUUGGGGGGUCGCGGUGUCGGAGUCGAAGUGCUGAGUGCGAAAAAUUGCGUCUUGGAGAGAGUUUCCGAGGUACGGAUGAAAGUGCAAGUAGAGACGAGAAAUGGGGAGGAGGAGAAGCGAGCGGUGGGAGCGAAGAGGAAUGCAGGGAGACUGGCGAGGAAGCGCGGGUGUAGCAGGCGAACACGGCGGCGGGUGCAGGCCACCUCCACCGCGAUCCAGCGGCUGUUCUUGGCCUGCAAGACGGUGUUCAACGGUCCCGGCACGGUGCCCGAGCCGGCCGACGUCCAAAUGCUGCAGCUUCUCUUAGAUAAAAUGAGACCAGAAGAUGUCGGCCUAAGCACAGAUAUACUCUUCUUUAAGGCCAAAAGUUCUUCCAAAGGAGCAAGGAUCACAUAUUCCACGAUAUACAAGUGCCGAAACUUUUCGAUGUGUAUAUUCUUCUUGCCCCCAUCUGCAGUGAUUCCUCUUCAUGACCACCCUGGGAUGACUGUCUUCAGCAAACUGCUCCUGGGGUCGAUGCAUAUAAGAUCUUAUGACUGGCUUGAUUCUACACCCUCAGCUAAGUUGAGACCGGCAAAGUUGGUAGUGGAUUCUGAUUUCACCGCUCCUUGCGACACUUCAAUUCUUUAUCCAACAACUGGAGGUAACAUCCAUUCCUUCACAGCCAUCACACCGUGCGCUGUGCUCGACGUUCUAGGACCCCCUUACUCGAGAGAAGACGACCGUGACAUUACAUACUAUCGCGACUAUCCCGAUGAAAAUGGAGUCAAGGAUCAUUGUCUGGGAUGGUUGGAAGAAAUCGAUAUUUCAGAGGAUUUGAAGAUGGAUGGUGUGGAAUAUCUCGGCCCACAAGUCAUCGAUGGUUGACACCAGUUCUAACAAGUUUUAGAUCAGCCAUGACAUUGACUCUCCUUUUCCUUCUCUUUAGUGGUUUUCCUUGUGUGUCUGAUGCGUAAAGUUAUAAUUGUUUUUGGGUUGAUAUCAUAAUAUAAUUGUUUUUCGUUGCAAAAGAUUUGAUACAUGAUUGUAGAAAUAAUAUAGGUAAUAAUUAAUAAAAGUGGAUUAAUAUUAAGUAUAACAUUUAGCCUCUAACUUUAAUUUAGAGGAAAAAGCAUGAAAAUAAUUUAUUCUGGGAGGAAUAUUUUGCAUGUGUAAUUCUAUUUCUGAAAGCCACAAACUAUAUUAUUUGUGAUUAUUCUGAGAACAUCAAAAAUAAGUUUCACGUGAUGGCAACGCACACAAAAAUCUUUAGAUACGGUCAGCUGAGCCCAAACCAAAAGCAGUCGACCAAUCAAAGACUUCCACGUGUGUAUAUCCAAUAAAUGAUCGGUUGAGGAAGACACGUGCAUCGACUAAAUGGACGGUGAUGGAAGAUCUCACAGCACCUCUUUCCGACCCCUAUCUUGAUCUCCCUGGACGUAUCGCUGCAGCGGGGGAAUCACGAUUUGGACGGGCUUCGAGCUGCUCCGGUCUCCUCAUCCUCAUCCUCUGCGACCCACAAGAAUUCGAAGCGAAUCCGGAAACCCUGACGAAACCCUAGCAAUUCGGAACCCCCAAAUCCCUCGAAUUCGUCCUCCAAUGAGCGCUUCCCACCCCCCC